AUGUCACAAAAAAUUUUUGAGCCGCUAAAGAGACUCCCGCAUCAGAUCCAGAAUUUGCACUUGAUUCAGAGGCUUCAUGGAUUAGCACUUGGUCGUCCAAACGACGUUUUUGGGUCCUAUCUAUCUUCCGUGUACGGAUGUCCUAGAUCUCCAUGUGCCCUCGCUUAUGAUGCAAGAUUGGGUUUAUUGGCUGUCGGUUGGGGUUCCGGUUUACUAAAAGUUUAUGGAGCCGCGGGUGUAGUUCUGACUGUCCAAUCAGAAGGGGAUCCAAUAUCUCACUUGUGCUUCCUCCCCGAAGAGGGACGUUUGCUUUCGGCAUUUACCACGGGCUGCUUAGCUCUUUACGAACUUGAUCCGAAAAAUGGCAAAUGGGCUGAAUGUUGUCGAAUUCGCGUGGCAUGUUCAAGCGAAGAAUGCAUCACUUCCAUGGCUUUGGGUCAUGGUAUCCUCUAUGUGGGCUCUUCGGUCGGCACUGUAUACCAGGUGGCUAUAAAGAAUGGACGCAUGUACCUUGGCGACCCCACUCUCACCGCACUCACCAGUUCUGUGGUCGUCGAAAGCUUACCUGCCGAUAAACGGGACACUCUGAGUGCAGCUUCAUCCGUCAUUGCCCUGGAGAUCCAACCCGAUGGUUUCCUCCUUCUUAUCGCUUACACCGGUGGAUGUGUGGCUGUCGCCAUUCCUCAGCCAGCACCCGAAAUGUGUGAUGGUAUCGAAUCAUCACCUGCUAAACAUGCACCGACGGCCCCAACUGUUGAGCAAGAGGCCUCAACGCCCGCCACCGAAGAAAACUGCGACGCUCACAUUGAAACUGCUCAUUCACAAGAACCCACGAACCAGCUUACCAAUGGCGUUACGGAGCAAACAUCAGAAAUAAAGAUAACACCACAGGCACAAUCUGACGCAGCAGCUUCCGGAGCUCAUGUCAAGGAGCGCGCGGAAAGGAGGGCAACGCUAAUGAUAAAGGAAUUAACCCGAAGCCUGAGGCGCACCGACUCUUCAAAGCGUGAACUUGAAACGGAACCUCCAGUUGCCGUGCCUCCUGCGCCUCGUAUCAGCCAUGUUUUGCUUCGCGAUCAACCCGUUGAGUGGGCUACCUGGCGUGUCACCUCGCUGGAGACACAACCAGAUGAGAUAACAGUUGCGUACGGGGACGGAGCCUUCCAAGUGUGGCCCAUCACGGCAGUUGCAGCUGAUCAGGAGCUAUCCGUGCCUUUGAUUGUUUCCAAACGUGAGCCCCCCACGACUCCUUAUGGACCUUUGCCAUGUGGAUCCAUCAAAAAAAUCCUGCAAAGCCCCGGAUUCACUGGUGGUAUUCUCACCGCAUUCUCUGGUGGUUUGCCCCGCGCCGAGUUCAAUGACCGACAUGCAGUCACUGUUUUACAAGAUCAAGAGCACCACGUAUGCUUUCAGUUCGGCUCUGAAGUCAAGGAUUUCAUCUUCAUUCCAGACAAAUGCGCUGCGACUUUUGAUUCUGCGGCUACCACUGUGCCACAUACAACCGGAGUUUGCCCUCCGCAGUGUGCCUCUGCUCUGGUUGUCCUGACCGACCGUGAAUUGGUCGCAAUUGAUCUGAGACAACCAAAUUGGCCGGUCUUUGCUUCUCCUUAUUUGAAUUGCCUGGACAUAUCACCAAUCACAGCUGUGAACCAUCUCUCCAAAGUUUCGACAUCUCUGCUCGAUCGCCUUUUCGCUCACUCAAGAUACGAGUAUGAAGUUUCUCUAUCUAAAUGGCCCAUUUGGGGUGGCGAAUGCGGCUCCGACCAUGCUUUUUCACAUGCUGAAAGCAAUGAUAUGCUGAUUCUGGGGUAUGCCAAUGGCUCGAUUAGUCUGGUUCAUAUCGGCCCCGGAGAUAGCCUGUAUCGUUUGGGCACGUUCAACACCGAUAUCUUGUUCAACCUGGUUGAUUCCCAGGAUGGAGAAAAGUGUGGAUCUAUGGAAGUUGAAACGUGGCCUCCCUUCCGACGUGUCGGCGAUUGCGCUUUGGCCCACUCAUUGGGUGUGGAGCAAGACUCUAGGCUGGCCGUUACCCAACUCGUCUCAACUGCUUCUGAUGACUCAUUGACUAUCGUUGUCGGUGGUGCUGCCGGACAAGUUAGCUUGUGGACUUUGCAUGAACAGAGUGCCUUCGUCAGGAUAGGAUUUGAGCCCGAUAUCGCUCGAGUUCCCGCUAAUUUGAUGGAGCACGGCUUGGAACACACCAAAUACAUCUGGAAGGGUCUUCCUGCUUUGCGCCCUUUUGAGGGCGUCACUCAAUCUUUUGGCGCAGCAGCCACUGGCUUCUCUCCAUGCGCACUUGUGCAACUGGACCCGCCCGCUCCAAUCACUUCCUUGGCUCUUCAGCCUUCUUGGCAUCUUCUCGCCAUCGGCUCACCCCACGGAUUUGCGGUGGUGGAUUUGCUGGCAAAAUCAACUGUCUAUAGCGAUUUCUUUUUUGCCAAGUCUGACGGCACCAUCGUACAUAAGUUGGGUCGACAAACUAACGCCUUCGUCAAUCGAGGCAAACAGAUAACAGCCACAAUGCGCCAAUCUUUUCGACGUUUGAAGCACUUACGCACAUCCACCACCAACUGUCCCAACAACAAAGCCACUGAUGCGGCCCAAGAGGUGCAACCAACUCAGCCUGUCGACGAGUCGACAGAUUCAGCAGCACCUGCUGAAACCGGUACUGCCGCCAUCGCAGAAUCUGCUCCAACUGCCGAUUUACCUGCUUCUGCGGUCGCAGACCAACCGGCAGAUGAAAUAGAUGCUGCGCCAGCUGCUCCCCUUGACACAGCCUCCGAGGACGCUCCGGAACCCAUUCAGCUCCUUCCGGAUGAAUUUGGUCCUUCGACUGUUCGCGCACUGUUGUUUGCUGACACGUAUGUUGUGUCUCCGGUUUCCGCUACAAAUCAGCAGUCCGCAGCUCCACCGACGCGCACACCUUCGUUGUGGGUGGGCACUGCCAAUGGGUGUGCUGUAGCACAUGGUCUCAAUUGGGACGGUGUCAGUGGUCCCGUGACAGUGCAGUUGCACAAAGAGUUGCAACUGCAACACCAUGCUCCGGUCAUCGGAUUGUCUGUGAUAGAUGCGUUCACUCGGAGUCCAGUUCUCUCAAGUCAGAGAAUACGAACUAGCUUGGAACCUGAGACAAAAGCAGCCGAUGAAUCCGAACCUAAGCCUGAAGCUUCUGGGCAAGAUGUCUCAGUCAACGCAGAGGCAGAGCCAGCUGCUCUCCCAACGCCUGCACCGGAGGUUCACCAGUUGCUGCUGUGUUCUGAAGAGCAGGUCAAAUUGUUCCAAUUACCUUCUCUGCGAGCCUUGCACAAGCACAAAUUUGUUGAGCGGAUCCGCUUACCGGGUCAUCUUGGUGGGAGCAUGAGCUUCUCCGGCCAUGGCGCGACGACUGAACAUAAUUCGAAGCAGGAUCGGGACACGAAUGACCUCGCGGGAGCUGCGGCCAAUGAAGCGACGGCUGAGCCUGCAGUGCACGCAUCGAAGCCGGUUCUUCCGACCCAGUCCAGUCGUAAGAGGCUUACUGCCUUCGGCAUCCAGGCCUUCUCACGAGGGACCGGAGAUCAAACAAAGGUGGAUUGGAAUGUGGUCGUUACGCGUCAUGACGGUCAGACCGUCAUCCUGUCUUUGCCUAACCUGCGCAAGCUAUUCAAAGUCAAAGCUUGUGUCGAUUCGAUGACUCAUCCGGUAACUUGUGUGGCUCCACCUACUUACGCAAAUCUGGUGCUUUGGUCAUGCGAAAGCCGAUUAUUGGCAGUUGAAUUGUCAUUUGUGCCAAGGUUCACUUCGCCUGCCUUGCUAACCCCCGGCACUCCAUCACCUUUACCGGCAACCAUUGUUCUUCCGGAAUGGGCCCGACCUAAGCAAUCAAUCAUUGAAGAACCCGAGGAAAAACCCGUUGAAGUGGCUUUUGGUGACACUGUUGCUACCGAACCAGUCAUGGUGGACAUCGGCGAACCUGCCCAUAACGGAACUAAUGAUGUCCCAGUAAAGUCAGAUACCGUCUGUCUCGAAAUACCCGACAAAUCUUAUCUGCCUGCAGUUUCGCAUGCGGGGGAUAUGACUAUUGAUUCUAUCAAGGAGUAUUUAAAUGGUGAUGGUGCGGUAACUGUAAAAACAGUCGAAACCACUUCAGAGAAACGGACGCUCGUUGACGGAGGCCACGUAACUAUCACGUUACGCGAGACCGAGGAGGUGGAUGGAAAAAUCACGAAGGAUGAUUUGUUGAAAUUCUCAACUGAUGAACCUCCCUCUGUGAUGGCUCCCGGAGUUGCGUGA